AUGCCUGAAACCGAGAUUCCCUUGACUAACGUCAAGAGCGCCACCUCUACGGGUGCGCGCAAGCCCACCAUGAACGCCAACAGCAACGAAGACGCUGGUUCACCAAACGAGAAGCAUGGCCUUUUCCACCGCAACAACAAGGGCGGUCGCCGCAAGAAGAAGGCCGAGCUGGGCCGCCACGGAACUGGCGAUUCUGCGGAUAUCAAGGUCAACGCCAUGGGCAGACUGUACAACAAGAUCACCAACGCCUCUGUCGUCUCGCGCUACCUGAUUUACAUCAUCCCAAUCUGCCUUCUUCUCGCCGUCCCUCUGAUUGUUCUCCCCCUUACCGGUCAUGGCAGCGACCUCAAACAGGGUGGAGAGAACGGCCCCCCUCUUUUCAAGGUCUUCCUCUGGAUUGAGAUCGCCUGGCUUACACUCUGGGCUGGCAAGGUUGUCGCCUGGAUUCUCCCCCAUGCAUUCAUGUUUCUCUGCGGUGUUGUUAGCUCUGGUGUGCGCAAGUAUGCCACCGUCCUUUCCAACUUGCAGAUCGCUCUCGCCCUAUUCUUCUGGGCUCUUGCCUCUUGGGUUUCUUUCCAGAAGCUGUUCAACGCCACUGCCGACGAUGCUGUUUCAUGGGUUGUAACCAUGUACCGUAUUCUUGGUGCUACCAUGGUCUCAUCAGCGGUUUACCUGGGCGAGAAGGCUAUUGUUCAACUUAUCGGUAUCUCUUACCACCAGCGAUCCUUCGCACUCCGCAUCAAGGAGUCCAAGCGUGAGGUCCGCCUGCUUGGUCUGCUCUACGACGCCUCGCGAACACUUUUCCCUAUGUACUGCCCCGAGUUCGAGGAGGAGGAUUACAUUAUCAACGAUAGUCUCGACUUGAUCUUGGCCAAGGCCGCGAAGGGUGUCAAGGGCGCCGGUUCUGCUACGCCUCUGCGACUUGUCGGUGACAUUGGUCGCAUGGGUGACAAGAUUACGGGUGUCUUUGGAAACAUUGCUUCUGAAAUCACCGGCAAGCAGGUCUUCAACCCCAACUCCGCUCACUCCAUCGUCAUUGAGGCUCUCGAAAAGACCAAGCCCUCUGAGGCUCUUGCCCGCCGUAUCUGGAUGUCUUUCGUCGUCGAAGGAAAGGACUCGCUGUACCCCGAAGAUUUCCAGGAAGUGCUUGGACCUGCCUACUCCGAAGAGGCCGAGGAGUCUUUCGAGAUGAUUGACAACGACCAGAAUGGCGAUAUCAGCUUGGAAGAGAUGACGCGCAAGGUCGUCGAGAUCGGCAAAGAACGCAAGGCUAUUACCGAGGGAAUGAAGGACAUUGGUCAGGCACUCCGCGUGUUCGAUAAGGUCCUCAUGUUUGUUGUCCUCCUGAUCGUCGUCUUCAUCUUCCUUGCUUGGUUCCAGUCCAGCUUCUUGACUACCGUCGCUACUGCCGGAACCGCGCUCCUGUCUCUUUCUUUCGUCUUCGCCGUUACCACCCAGGAAUUCCUCGGUUCCUGCAUCUUUCUCUUCGUCAAGCACCCCUACGACGUCGGUGACAGAGUUGAUAUUGUCGGCUCCGAGAAGCAGCAACUCAUCGUCGACAAGAUCUCCCUUCUCUACACUGUCUUCACCCGCAUCGAUAAGAUGCAGGUGGUGCAGGUGCCCAACAUUCAGCUCAACAACCUCUGGAUUGAGAACGUUUCCCGUUCCAAGGCCAUGAAGGAGGUUAUUGACCUCAACAUUUCCUACGACACUACUUUCGAGGACCUCGAGCUUCUACGCCUCGAAAUGGAGAACUUCGUCCGUCACGCCGACAACUCCCGCGACUUCCAGCAAGACAUUGCCAUUGGUGUCUAUGGAGUCGGUGACUUGGACAAGAUGCAGCUCAAGAUCGCCAUCAAGCACAAGUCUAACUGGCACAACGACGCCGUUCGUGCUACUCGCCGCUCCAAGUUCAUGUGCGCUCUCGCUCUCGCCCUCAAGAAGAUUCCCAUCUAUGCUCCCGGUGGUGGCAGCGAAGCUCUCGGUGCUGCUGGCAACCCGUCGUACUCUGUCGCUGUUUCUGAUGAUUUUGCGGCGGCGGCUCGCGACAAGGCUGCAAAGGACAAGGAGGCUGCUCGCAUGGUUCCCUCGGCCGCUGCGGAUGGUAACGACGCCGUUGACUCGAAGGUGGAGAAGCAAGCCAUGAACGAGUUCAACACGCGCGACAUCUUGGCUGAGGACGAGUGGGGAUACAGGGUGGGCGACGACGAUACUCUGUCGGGAUCUAAGGACCGUAAGUCGGAAGACCGCCGUCGUUCCAACGAUAUCGAGCGCGUCCGCAGCCAGCUGCUGCAGAGAGGCAGCACCAAGGGUGGCGGCGGCCGUCGCAAGCCCGGUGAAGCCAUCCCUUCAUCCCCCAUGGGCGAGGGACCUAGCAUGUACCUCACCAAGACCACCUCGCGCAACAACCGCGCCUACGACGAGGAGGCCGAGACUGGCGUGACCGGAACCUACAACUCCCAGUACUACGGCGCCCCGUCUCAAGGCUACUACGCCGGCCAAUCUUUGUCCCCUACGUCAGCAACCGCCAUGGAACCGCACCCCCUCCAGAGCGCUCCCCCAUCAGGCCAGCGCCCCAGAGGACGAAGCGUCUCCAACAGUCAACAAGCCGCCCAGGGAACCUCCCAACAGACCACGCAGAAGAAGCAGUAG